UUUUCAUAUGCUCAGAAAAUAAUCAAAGUUAACUUUCGUUGAACAGCUUUGCUGCAUCCUUACCAUGGGGUGUAUGCAAAGCAAACCAUUGUGUAAAUGCCAAUGCUUCGGCAAAAGGGACAUAUCUCUAGAUGAGAUUUACAAAGUACCAUCCUGUACGACUGAGGCUUCUCUUGAAUCUUUGGAGCGAGAAAUCAUAAGAUUUAAGGCGCGUCAAGAACAAGCUGCACGAAGAAGAAGUAGUUCGAGCUUAGCCAAGCAAGUCACUCAAAGCAACCAGUCAACACCAUAUACCGUCCAAUCAACCCAAGAGCUUCGCACAGAUCGUACAUCGAAAUCAAGUGCUUCAUCACCUGUACUAAAGAGAGACCAAGAAAUUAAGAGUUCUAUACUUGUCUUCAGAGCUACAACAGAACACCAGGAACGCAAAGAGAAUCCUUCUUUGGCAAGAGUUGUCAAAGAAGAAGCAAUUAAUACAACAUCUGCAAAGACCCAAGAGCACAAAGAGGAUACCCCUCUCUUAGUUUCUUCAGUAGGCGACACAGCACCCAAGGACAGUGGUGACAAUGACAAGGAUAUCCCUACGUCCUCUGAUGUAAUGGUCAAGGAGGAAGUUGUUGACGCAGCACCAAAGGAAAGUGAUGACGGUGACAAAGAUAUUCCUACGUCGCCUGAUGUAGUGGUCAAGGAGGACGUUUUGGACGCAGCACCCAAGGACAGUGAUUACGCUGACAAGGAUAUUACUACAUCGUCUGAUGUAGUGGUCAGGGAGGAAGUUGUGGAAGCAGCACCAAAGGACAUUGAUGACACUGACAAGGAUAUUUCUACGUCACCUGAUGUAGUGGUCAAGGAGGAAGUUGUGGACGCAGCACCAAAGGACAGUGAUGACACUGACAAGGAUAUUCCUACGUCACCUGAUGUAGUGGUCAAAGAGGAAGUUGUUGACGCAGCACCAAAGGACAGUGAUGACGGUGACAAGGAUAUUCCUACGUCACCUGAUGUAGUGGUCAAAGAGGAAGUUGUUGACGCAGCACCAAAGGACAGUGAUGACACUGACAAGGAUAUUCCUACGUCACCUGAUGUAGUGGUCAAAGAGGUCGUUGUUGACGCAGCACCAAAGGACAGUGAUGACGGUGAAAACGAUCUCCCUAUGUCACCUGAUGUAGUGGUCAUGGAGGUCAUUGUUGACGCAGCACCCAAGGACAGUGAUGACACUGACAAGGAUAUUCCUACGUCGCCUGAUGUAGUGGACAAGGAGGAAGUUGUGGACGCAGCACCAAAGGACAGUGAUAACGGUGAAGAGGACAUCCCUACGUCGCCUGAUGUAGUGGUCAAAGGGGAAGUUGCCGACGCAGCACCCAAGGACAGUGAUGACGCUGACAAGGAUAUUACAACGUCGUCUGAUGUAGUGGUCAGGGAGGAAGCUGCUGACGCAGCACCAAAGGACAUUGAUGACGGUGACAAGGAUGUUCCUACGUCGCUUGAUGUAGCAGUCAAAGAGGACGUUGCUGACGCAGCAUUCAAGGACAGUGAUGACGGUGACAAGGAUAUUCCUACGUCGCAUGAUGUAGUGGUCAAGGAGGACGUUGCUCACGCAGCACUCAAGGACAGUGAUGACGUGGUCAAGGAGGAAGUUGUGGACGCAGCACCAAAGGACAGUGAUGACACUGACAAGGAUAUUCCUACGUCGCCUGAUGUAGUGGUCAAGGAGGAAGUUGUGGACGCAGCACCAAAGGACAGUGAUGACACUGACAAGGAUAUUCCUACGUCGCCUGAUGUAGUGGUCAAGGAGGAAGUUGUGGACGCAGCACCAAAGGACAGUGAUGACACUGACAAGGAUAUUCCUACGUCACCUGAUGUAGUGGUCAAAGAGGUCGUUGUUGACGCAGCACCAAAGGACAGUGAUGACGGUGAAAACGAUCUCCCUAUGUCACCUGAUGUAGUGGUCAUGGAGGUCAUUGUUGACGCAGCACCCAAGGACAGUGAUGACACUGACAAGGAUAUUCCUACGUCGCCUGAUGUAGUGGACAAGGAGGAAGUUGUUGACGCAGCACCAAAGGACAGUGAUGACGGUGACAAGGAUAUUCCUACGUCGCCUGAUGUAGUGGUCAAUGAGGACGUUGCUGACGCAGCACUCAAGGACAGUGAUGACGGUGAUAAGGAUAUUCCUACGUCGCCUGAUGUAGUGGUCAAUGAGGACGUUGCUGACGCAGCACUCAAGGACAGUGAUGACGAUGAUAAGGAUAUUCCUACGGCGCCUGAUGUAUUGGUCAAGGAGGAAGUUGCUGGUGCAGCACCAAAGGACAGUGAUGACGGUGACAAGGAUAUUCCUACGUCGCCUGAUGUAUUGGUCAAGGAGGACGUUGCUGGCGCAGCACCAAAGGACAGUGAUGACACUGACAAGGAUAUUUCUACAGCGCCUGAUGUAUUGGUCAAGGAGGACGUUGUUGACGCAGCACCCAACAGGAGUGAUGAAUGUGACAAGGAUAUCACUACGUUGCCUUAUGAAGUUGUCAAGGAGAAAGUUGUGGACGACGGAGCACCUAAAUGCAGUGAUGACGAUGACAAGGGUAUCUCUACCUCGCCUGAAGUAGUGAUCAAGGUCAACGACAAGUCCUCGGCAAUUAGCAAAGGGAAGCGAAACAUACCGAAGAAGAGAUCGAGGCUAUGUGAUCAGCAAUUUCAAGCGAUUUUCACAAAUCAAGUGACAGGAAAAUGCCUAGACUUUUCUCAUCGAGAUGUGAYCCGUCAUCCUCUAAGCCGACGCGAAAGACUUUCAUUAGUUAGUACUGUUCUUGAUGAUAAUGACAUACAUGAUUUGGUCCUACAUCGCGAACAUGAUGAAGACGAAACGCUUUACCAAGCAACGCGGAUCAAGGCACAAGAAAAACACAUGGGUUCUGCCCUUCAAGCACACAACACUGACGCAUCGUCACAUAAGUUAAUUGAUGUCAAACAAGACGCGUUAAAAGUUUGUGAAGUUGAAAGAAUCGAUCCAUACAAUCAAGACAUCGAUGGAAGCCAUGAUGUCAAAGAUGUGCCUUCAGGAGCAGUUCUUGUCAAAGAGGAAUCAGUUAAAAACAUUAAUGGAUCAAUUUGCCAUAAAGUCAAAAAAGUGUCUUCGUCAGGAGUUCUUGAGAUCAAAGAAGAAGCGAUUGAGAGCUUACUCAAGACUGAUGAAGUGGAAGCCAAGAGGAAACAUUCGUCUGUCCAGAGUGACACCCAAGGUUCAACAAGAAGGACAAGAAGUGAGCAAACUUCUAGACGUAGAGAUGAAAGGCAACAACCUACAGCCCCAUUGCUUGAUGUCAACAAGAAGGAAAAGCGUGUGGACAAGAAAAGGGUCCCUGAUCCGAAAUUCCAAGCAGUCUUUAUAAACCAAGUAACAGGGAAGUGUUUGGACUUUACGCAGAGAGACAUGUCUCGACUUCCCUUAAGCCGUCGCGAACGACUUUCAUUAGUCACUACUGUGCUUGGUGACGGAGACAUCCAUGACUUGGUUCUGCAUUCUGAACAUGACAACGACCCAACWCUUUACCAGGGAACACGAGCCCAGAUUGUGAGUCACCAGGCGCACGAAACUGAUCUUUCCUCACGUCAAUUAUUUCAUCCUGAGCGGGAAGCGACAAUUGGGUCACAAGCCAAGUCAGAAACAGGUGGCUCAAGAAUUAUCCUUGAAAAAGAAGAGAAAGCUGGUUCACGAACGAAGGAAGACCCACUGUURGAGGAAUCUGUGUCAGCUAUUCAACCUCUGAAGCUUUUCACCGAAUGCAACGUGGAACCAGAUCGUUCAUCGAUCCCKCUUUCCAAAGAAGACCUGGUUGGCGUAACAUCGAUGGAGGAUGAACCGAGCAAGGAGCCGGUUAAAAUGGAGAAACCUCCUGUCAAAGAAAUUAGUUCAUUGUCCAAAAACGAGGAGUUGUCCAAACUCACUUCCUGUGAUACCAAUGAAGCAUGUGGUGGAAUUCCUGGCAUUGAGAUUCGUGAGGGAAAAAUGGACAGAAAAGAUUUGAUUCAGGUCGGCAAAGACGCUUCAAGUCAAUUGUUCAAGAAACUUAUGAACACAUUACCAUUUAAAGGAAUGCCAAAUGAGGGCUCAACAACACGCAAAUCCAGUGACACAAGGGGUGAAUAUACCUUGGUAAAUACACAAGAUGAUCACCAGAACCAGGACUGCGAUCUUCCUUUGUCAGCAUCUGAAGAUGAAAUACUUCAAGAAUCACACCAUGACAUCCACAGGAUAACGUCAAGAAAGCUGAAAGUAGACGAAGAGCUGGAGAAUCAAAUGAUAAAAGCUGCAAUGACGGAGAUCAAUCAACAUCGCGAGAUAUCUCAACUCAGCCCAAUCAGCACUGCGUUUGUUGUAAAGUUUCUCAGAGCGAGAGAUUUUGAUGUCGAUGAUGCAGUAGAACUGUACCACAAGUACAUGGUCCAGAGAAAAUUGUAUUUCGAAAGUGAUUUCUCACCGACAAAAGCUCCUUUGAAGCAAGAACUCUUUUCUGGAAGGUUUACAAUGCUUAAUAAGCGUAACGACAACGGAGCAGCCGUUGCUGUUUUCAUGGCUCAGCGAAAUUCCCGUGAACGAAAGCACAACGUUGUGUUGACUAGUGUUUACUUACAACUAGACGAGGCACUAAAAAGUCCACAGACACAAAUCAAUGGUAUGGUACUACUGUACGACUUUACCAAUACGUCAUAUUUGACAAGCGAUUCACAACUGUGUGUCAAUAUUAUCAAAUUGCUCAAGGACGAGUAUCCAGUUCGCCUCACWAAAACCUUCAUCAUUUCCCCACCGUUUUGGGUGGAAUCAGAACUCAAGUUUUUCACAACUUUGYUGCGAGACAAAAACAUWCAAAUCGUCUCCCGAUCAGCWMUAAAGAAACAUUUGAGUUUGGAUUGUAUUCCUGAGAGUCUUGGAGGAACACUUCACGUUGACCACAAGUCUUGGAUAGACCAAUGCAUGCUGGGAUAURCUGAGCAACUUGGAGAUGAGCCAAUAAGGAGGUCAAGACGAGACAAUUAUAGUGGAUAACAUCAUCA